UUGGUUAUUGAAGAAGUCCUACGCAUUCAUUCCAAACCCACAUAGCUAGAGAAUAUUAUUUUUAAUUGAUUUUCUUCAUUCUAUUUUUCACUAAUCCACCAGGUGAAUUUGUGAUUUUCCCAACACCGCGUGACGCCUUCCCUUUGCCCGGGAAAAGCCAGUCCAUCUGGUGCUCCUUUGCCGUUUUCUUUCGGUGCGCCCCUUCUGCCAUAGAGAUGAUCGGUUAACCACGAUGCCGAUUCCUCGCUAUGUGAACGUCGUAGCCGGGAAGAACGAUCUGUGGUCUUCCUUUUUCCGCUCCAUAGCCUUCCGGCGGCUCUUCUCCACCAACGCCAUCUCUUUUAGUCUCGAGGGUCUGGGCCCUAGGCUCCGCGCUGUCUUCGAAGAGCUUGGUGGUGAUCAGCACCCCGAGAAGGAGAAAACCAUGACGCAUGGCGGAGACCUGCCCGAGGUGGAGGCCGGACACAAAGGCCCAGGUUCAUCGAAGAACGGCAGCUUGGAGCUCGAAAUAGCUCAUUCCAUGCCCGAAUGGAUUGCCUUCCUCGACGUCUUGAUCGAAGGAGAUUACCUGUCGGGGAGACGAGGCAGCGGAACUCUGCUCUUCGAAGGCAUGCCUGCUUCCAAGGAACGUAAGAAAGAGAAGGAUGAGGAGACCAUUCUCUCUCGUGGCUUCGCAAGUUUCGCGUCUCACAGGAUGGAUUUGAUGAGGCAUCUCUCUAGAAGAGAUAUCCAGUUGCUGGUGGCUACUGGCUGUCCAAGACCAAAUCCCAAAAUGAUCACAUCAAGCAAGCGUUUGAGAGCGUAUGUUCACAUUGAUGAAGGACAAGUAUGUAGUGCAUGUCAUCUAAGAGGCUCUUGUACUAUGGCAUAUGUUACCCCUUGCAAAAAAGAAACAGCUCGAAUGAUUGAUGUUCUAAGGUUGCUAUACGUAUUUGGCUAUGCAUCACAGACUCAUCCAUCUGAUGGUCAUUCACAGAGGGGGAGCACCAAAGGGCCAGUGCGUAGAUUAUUGAAACAACUAGUUGAGUUAAGCAAACUUCCGUUCGAUCAGGACUACAAGAACUCCAGAGCUAUGGCUGAGAAUUUUGGUUGGGGUGAUCUAGAGAUGAAGAAGGGUGACUGGAUGUGUCCCAAAUGUGAGUUUAUGAACUUCGCGAAGAACAAAAGAUGCCUGCGAUGUGGUGUACCACCUCCAAGGAAACAGCUGAAGCCUGGAGAAUGGGAAUGCCCAGGAUGUGGCUACAUAAACUACAGAAGAAACCAAUUCUGUUACAAGUGCGAAUGUAACCGACCUGGCAAUUCAAAUGGUUUGCGCAAUUUUGAUUCGUUCAAUGAUAAUGAUGAUGCAAGUUUCAAGGCAUACAAGGAAUGGAAGUGGAAGAAGCCGAAUGGGAAUGGCAAUGACCCUGAGAUGUCAUUGGAGCACUAUGAAGUAUGAAGUAGCUCCAAAUGGGCCUCCAUUUAUGCUGUUUGGCAGUUCAUGUCAAUGCUGUUGUUUAGCGUGCAACUGUUGCAGCUGCCCUUGUACCGCUUUCUGACAAACUGUGUUAGUCUGUGUAACUUGUGCAUUGCUGACAGGAUUAAAAAAGGAAAUUUUUGAUGGGCUGUGAAGCAUAAAUGACUGUUCUCUACAGAUGAUCUUGUUGACUUCCUACUCUUUCCACUUCAUUGUUUAUGGUCCACAAGGUUGGCACUUCAUUAAUGAGAUGCAUUUUCCAAUGGACAUGGUUAGAGGACUGAAAAAUUUUGCAUUUCUUGAAGACACCAAGCUGCAUCCAGCCUGUAUUUUUCUAUAGAACUUGCGGAAGCAGGAAUAAGGUAUGCAAAUUGGUUGGACUCAGUUGUGGAAGCUGUUCAAGAUGCUUCAGUUUGGAAAUUUCUGGUCUAUGGAAAAGCAAGUCUGGUUCCUAUAUGCUAACAAUUGAGAUGUAAUUUUUAGUUUCUUAAUUCAAGGUUGGAAGACUUGGACUUGUCUGCUGAGUAGGAACUUGUGACACAAAUAACAAAAACUGGUGGUGUGGCGCCUUGAAGUUUUGGAUUGUAAUGAUCAGGACGUCUGGCUGGAGCAGAACCAUAUGAGGCGCGGAAAAGUCCCAAAGCCUUCCUCUUGGCAAUUUUGAAUUCUGAUUCCCCUAUAGAUGUCUAAAAGGAUUUAGGACCUAGAGUCGUAGACGCAGAAAUUUGAUGCAAUAUGCCCGCAUGCUGAAAGAGCUAUCCAAGCCGCGCCAUAUUGUCAAGGAAGCAUGUCGCUACACACUUUAGAUCCUUAAUUGGGAGGGCUAGAUUCUGAUACCCCAAAGCUAAUGGAGGUUGCUUCCUGAAUCUGUGGACCAGUGAGAGGCCCAGACGAACAUGAUCCAACUCACCAAGGUAGCUUCCCGUCUUAGUAUAACGUUUCAUUUUCAGACUGAAAGUCACUGAGCAAUGGAGUUCAAAAGUUGAUCUUUUGCACGUGAUGCUCCUGGUGUGUGGCGAUGGAUUAGAACCAGGUGCUUUAGACCUGUGUACCAUCCUUAAGAUGUUGGAGUCGACAUUGGAUUUGAUGCAGAGAGAUGGAAUCUUAUUCGUCAUGAGGAUUGCAUUAUUAGUCUUAUUAUCAUUGUUAUUAUUAUUAUUGAAUCUGAAAGAGCACUGAUUCUUCAUGUUGAAAAAUCUUCUGUA